AGGGUGCUCCUCCCACACAAGCAGCCUCCUGCUGGCCCCGUCUGAACCAGACAAACUGCACAGAUUUACAUGCAAAGGGAUCGCAGCUCCUGUAGGUGAAGAAACACUCCAGCUCUCUCGCUUAACUGUGGGAGUCAGUUCAGACAACAUGGGUCCUGAACUAUAUCUUCAUUCAGAUAGCUUUGCACUGUGCCUAGACUGCUUUGACUGAGCAAUAAAGAGGGGAAGGUGAAAGAAAGAAAGAGACGAGAGAGAGAGAGAGAAGAGGGAAAGUGACCAUGUUUGUGUAGAGGGAUCAGACAACAGUCCAACCUGAGAGUAAGAAUGAGCUUCCUGCUGUUAAUUAGAAAACCUGUCACAGGACUUCUCUGGAACUGCUUCUUGCUGCAGUCAGUUUUUGGAAGUCUAACCACUGACAAUGGGAUCCAUUCCAGUUUCAUCCACGGGCGCCUAAAGAGCCAGGAGAAGCGGGAAAUGCAGAGAGAAAUCCUCUCGAUCCUAGGUCUGCCUCACCGCCCCAGGCCCCACUUGCAUGGCAAGCACAACUCGGCCCCCAUGUUCAUGCUGGACCUCUACAACUCCAUGUUGAUGGAGGAGGCAGGGGGAUACUCGUAUCCGUACAGGGCGCUCUUCACCACCCAGGGACCUCCGCUGGCCAGGCUACACGACAGCACCUUCCUCAGUGAUGCCGACAUGGUCAUGAGCUUCGUCAACCUGGUGGAAUAUGACAAGGAAAUUUUCCACCAGCGGCGACAUCACAGAGAGUUCAGGUUUGACCUCUCAAAGAUCCCAGAGGGGGAGGCAGUGACAGCUGCAGAAUUCCGAAUCUAUAAGGACUAUACCAGGGAACGUUUUGAAAAUGAGACUUUCCACAUAACAAUUUACCAGGUUCUGGAGGAAAACACAGAGAGAAUAGAGAACGGUAGCAGUGACCAACGGCAGGCCUGCAUGAAGCAUGAGCUGUAUGUCAGCUUUCGUGACCUAGGAUGGCAGGACUGGAUCAUAGCUCCUGAGGGAUAUGCUGCAUACUAUUGUGAGGGAGAAUGCUCAUUCCCACUGAACUCAUACAUGAAUGCUACGAAUCAUGCAAUUGUUCAAACUCUGGUUCAUUUAAUAAACCCAGAAAAUGUCCCGAAGCCAUGCUGCGCUCCCACACAGCUCAAUGCCAUAUCUGUUCUUUACUUUGACGACAGCUCAAACGUUAUCUUGAAAAAGUACAGGAAUAUGGUGGUCAGAGCGUGUGGCUGUCAUUAGCCCCAGCCACAAAGAAUCUCCAUCUAAUGGAUGUUGAGAAGACUGCUAAUCGUGGAUCCCUCGUGACAUGUCAACUUCUCUAAUGAUCUGAGGUUGUUUAAAAGGAAAUUUUAACUGUAAAUUGAAUUAUUUUUAAUGAUUUUUAUUUUUUAAGGUUGACUGUACAUUGCCAUUCUUGCUCUAAUUAAAGAAAGACAAAGUUUCUGAGUAUGAAUGGCCUCCUAAAGGAUUAAACAACUCAGAAUUAUAAGAAGUAUUUGGUGGUAGAUUGUAAUUUUUAGUGGAGAGAGGAUUUUUUCCUGAUAGUUGAUUUAUUCCUCUUUGUUACUUAAUAAGCAGGAAAACAAACCCAAUUACCAUGCCUAAAGAUCAAUAUAACUGGAUAUUUCUGGGUUAAUAGUUAAUUGUGACCCAUAACUUCACUGGAAGAUCAGCAGUUCUACAACUGAUUCCAUGGAAAAUUCUGGAAUUAUGGUUCAAAAAAAACUUUGCCACAAAAAGAAAUAUUUUCUUACUAACCAUGAAAAAAAUGAUUAUUUUCUUAAGCCAGGAAUACAGAAAACAGCAAUUGCCUUGAAUAUUAAAUAUGUAGGUACUGAAUUUAGGGGCUGAGAGGGAGGCUAGUUUGAUUGUGAAUUUAUGUUGAGUUAACUGAUAUUAACAGGGAGGUGGUGGACUCUAAAUUUGAUCUUAGCACAUCUUGGAGGUGGGGGCAAGGGUUUGGCAGCAGGAAAGGGUGAUGCAGAGGUUGAAGGACAAAUAGCAGGACUGUCAUUGGUGAAUUUGUUCAAAGAAUCUCACUGUAUAAUGCGGAUCUCAGUUAUGUUGGCAGUGGUCAGAUAGCUGAGACAGUUAAUAUUUUUGCCCCAUGUUAACAGGAAUGGUCUGAAGUAUUAGGUCAGCCUCUGCAGCAAGGGUCAGUGGCCAGGACAGAGGUCUGUGGAACUAUCAACCUCACAGUUUGGGUGGUAACCUGGCACAGUAGAUAACACCCAGGACAUAAGGUUGAAAAUGACACACAGCAGCUGCAGUUAUGAAAACUGGAAAUACACAUAUGAAAGUUGAUUGUUUUGUUUCCUUAGUUAAGGUUAAAUAACAGCACUGCAAAUGAAGAGGUAUUAAUAGAAGUGUGAAGCCUGAAACAUUCACUUGCAGGUCACCUGAGGUUUCUUAGUUCCUUGUGGAGUAUAGUGCACAGCUCUGGUCUUCAUAUUAUAAAAAGAAUAUAGCAGUACUAGACAAGAUAUGCAAAUGAUACACAAGGAUGAUGCUAGAACAGAGGAGGAUAUACUUACUAAGAAAGGCUGAAAAGCCUCAAAUUCAUGUCUCCAGAGAAAGAGGCUCAAGGUCUUUGAAAAUUUACAGGGAUUUGAUAGGGUAGACAUAUAGGAAAUGUUUCCAUGUGUGGUCUCAACCGAAGCCAUAAAAAUAAGACAAUCAUCAAUAAAAUCAAAAGGAGAAUUUAGGAGAAACAUCUUUACGUGGAACUUGCUGAGGCAAAUUGCAUAAACACAUUUAAGGAAAAGCUAGAUCAACAAAUGAGGGAGAGAGAAAUAAAGAGUUAUGCUGAUAGAAGAAGAUAUAAGGGAGGAGGAUGCAGAAUAAAAAGUUGCUACAAACCAGUUGGGCCAAAUGACCUGUUUCUGUGCUGAAUCCUCUAUGUAAUCGUAAACAAGCAUAAAGGUCAUAUUUAUGAUUUACUACACAAGGAGUAAAGCAAGUCUCUACAUUCCUCUGUCCUGUCCGAUAAAUUGCAAUUCAGAAACCUAGCAUUGUAUUACAUUCUCGCCUUCUAGUAAGUUCAUGGGUAACAAGCCAUUGAUCCUAUUCAAUCAAUAUUCAAAACAAAACAAAACCUGUACCUUGGACUACCCACAACAAUCUGAAGCUGUUCAUUAUGAAUGCUAAUAACAAAAGGACAGCUUGCAUUUACACAGCACCUUUAAUAAUAUAAAACAUCUCAAGGUCCUUCAUAGAAGUAUAAUCAAAUGAAAUGGCACUCAGGAGAUAUUAGGGAAGAUGAGCAAAAUCCUGUUCAAAGAGGUAGGUGUUGGGGUACACCCUGAAGUAGGAGAUAAAAGUAAAGAACUAGAGUGGUACAGGGAAUAAAUUCCUGAGCUAAAGCCUUAAACAUGUGAAGAUUGAGAUGGCAAGAUUUAUGAUUAAAGUAGGGAUGAGCAAGAGGCCAGAAUUGGAGAAGCACAGGAUUGUAGGUCUGGAGGAGAUUACAGACAUUGGAGGUGGGGGAGGCCAUGGAGGGAUUUAGAAACAAAAUUGUAUUUCAAAACUGAGGUACUGCCAGGUUGUGGUAUUCUUAUUCCAGUCUUUACCCUGGAUCCCCAAAAUAAUCUAAACCACUUCAAUUACUGAUUAGGGAUUUACACUAAGGCUACAGGCCUGAAAACAUUGAGACUGUAUAUAUCCUUUAAAUUAGAUUAUGAUGAGAUUGAGUUUGAGAUCAAACUUUCACAAUGUAUACAAAAUCCAGUUCACACUGCUCUUCAAAAAUCAUUUACCUUCUAAGAUAUGAUUGCUUCCAGAUUUUCAUUUUUAUCAUGAAUCUGGAAAUAGCUCUACCAAGUUGCUGUUACACAAACCUGUUCUGAAUAAAGCAAUCAUCCAAUCUUCAUGUUUUUUUUAAAGUUAAUUCAAGAUCUAUAUUUUCAGUAACAUUUUUAAGGUCCUGUUUUUCAUUUCUGACUCAUCUUGUUCAGUAAUCUCUCACGGAUCAGGUAGCCCUGCUAUUUCCUUGCAAUGGUAUGGGUGCCACAAACUACAAACACACCUUUGAACUUGUAUUUACUGACUGGGAACUGCAUCAUUAAAAAAAGGCAUAGUUGUGCAUUAUCUCUAAAUAGCAACAGAGAAUUUUACAGAAUACCAUGAGUGAUUCUCAAAUAAUGGAAUAGUGUGCCUAUGCAUAAAUUGUAUCUUGUCACUGCAUACGUGGCACGGUGGCUCAGUGGUGAGCACUGCUGCCUCAAAGCACCAAGAACCCGGGUUUGAUUCCACCCUCGGGCAACUCUCUGUGUGGAGUUUGCACAU